UUAAUAAAAUAAUGAAAAUUGUCAAGCUGUUUUUCUCAGUCUCAGGAGAUUUUUGUCCGUUUCUUUCUCGGAUUUUAUACCAAUAAUAAAUGGCCUUACAUCUUACUUAUGAACUUUAGUGUAUGUUUUAAUACACGUAAAUUUGCUUAGUUUGUAAUACUGUUAUUUCCAUUCCAAUUUUCGUGUGUGCAAACGUGUUUUAUAAUGCGCUAUUGGAGCUCGUUCAUUUGUGUUUUUAUUACUGGUUCAGGAAAUAUAUUAAGUCAAAUGCGAUUAUGACUAUUAAAAUCACGACCCAAUGGUCAUGUAUCUGUGUUAUAAGACAAAUGAACUAAAGAUUUUUAUGGUAUUUAAAUAAAAUCGAAUCUCAGUGACCAAACUCUGGUAUAUCUCGCUCGGCACGUCACAAUUCACCAGAAAUCUGUCAAGAUCACACUGUCAGUAGGUAAGGUAACUAGCCAUGGAAACAGUGCCUGUUGCUCCAGAUGACAGUGCUGGAGCGAACCCCAGCAGUGUUAAAAGUGAUGACAGCAGUCCCAGGCCUGACAGCCGCUCUGGCUCACCUCCACCAAAUUGUGCCAUAUGUCUCGGCACAUGCAAGAAUAAAUCCUUCACAGACUCAUGUUUACAUCAAUUUUGUUUCACAUGCCUUCUUACAUGGAGUAAGGUGAAAGCCGAGUGUCCACUUUGCAAACAGGCAUUUAGAUCUAUCAUACACAAUGUGCAGUCUAACUAUCAAUAUGAGGAAUACUUGGUUGUGCAACGGGAACAUGAGGAAUUGAAUAACAGGAUUGACAUCAACAGAGUCAACGCAGCAACUCAAAGGUUCAGAUACAGGACCACGCUGACGCUGCCGCGGACGGACUCGAUUGCCAUCCAGCAGCUGUUACGUCACUACCCGUUAAUGGCGGACGUGUACCCGUCGCCAGUGCCGCGCGUGCCGCCCGCUCGCCGCCGCCGCUCUCCCGCCUCCUUCCGACGCACCGUCUACAGACACAACCUGUGGGCUCGACCUCUACCAGACUUCACUGGCAGAUUUCGUGAUUGCACACCCGAAUUCUAUAGGUAUAAUGACACACAAAUGCAUCGGUUGGUUCCUUGGCUUAAUAGAGAGCUCCAUUAUUUGCUAAACGAAAAUGAAGGCCACAUUUCAUACGUUAUGACUCGGAUCCUGGAAUUGCUACCACAACAUCAUAUUAACUCGGCUGAAUUCAGAGAAGUAAUGCACCGAUAUUUUGGAGAAAGAACUGAACACUUCUUGCAUGAAUUGUAUUGUUUUGCCUCUACACCGUAUGACAUCACUGGCUAUGACCGCAAUGUCCAAUAUACGACUGAUAGCAGAAUAUCUACAAUGAUAAACGAGGUGAUAUCUAGCACUGACUCUGAGGGAAGUGCAGAUUCCGAUAUUGUAAUGGUUUCAAGUUCAGAACCAGCAGAACCACCUGCGGGACCCUCGAGGUGCCCGGCGCCCGUUUACCCAGUCGGAUAUAUACCAUUGCCUACAACAGCUAACAACGUCAUUUCUAUUGAAACCAUAGGAUCUCAAUCGGACUCGGAUGACGACGACUCCGAAGUAAUGGUCGUGGGCUAUAUCAAACCGCCUCAGGAAAGGACUCCAGAAAUUGUGGAUUUGCUAGGAUCUGACAGCGACGUUAUCGUCCAAGACAAUCCGCAACCGGAGCCAGAACCUGCGGUAGCGCCGCGCAUGCCAUCUGUGAAAGUGACACUGAAGCGGCACCGCGUGCGGCACGAGUCCGACAGCUCGGACAGCUCGUACCGGCCGCUCCCGCGCCAGCGACGGCGCGCGAGACUGGCCUCCGCCUCCACCAGUGAUACUAACCGUUCCACGCCUACACACGCAGCCUCUAACUAUACAUCUCCCAACCCUCGAAUCGCCGAAAAUUCCGAGACUGGCGAAACCUCCGUGAAUUUUUAUUCCUCCGCCUCGUCCACAAUAUCCACAAAGUCUAGUACAACCACUGCCUGCUCCUCGUCGUACGAUAGCGACUAUAGCGACGAUACCAAGUUUGUAGUUAAAAAUAAAUCAAAGAAAAAGUCUAGCAGGGAGGCAACUUCCAGUAGAGAUCGAAGGAAAAACAAAAAAAAGUCGUCACGGUCACAUCACAAAGAUAAAAAGAAUGGCCAGUAUUUAGACAAGGACAGGAGAAGUAAGAAGUCUUACUCGGGGAAAGGAGUAAAGUCGUCUCAAAAAGCGAGUAGUAGCUCUGUAACCUCGGAACAAACUUUACCUCCCUCCUUAGAUGAACCCAGCACGAGUGGCACAAGCGGCACGUCUUCAAAGGAGAAACGUAAAUCAAGCAAAGAACGGAAACGUCAGCGACGUGACAGUCGUGAGAACAGAAGACUGAGAAGUGUUGUUAAUGUUAUGUAUAAUAGUCAUAAUAAAAAUAUUAAUGGAUCAAAGUCAAGUGCAAAUCAUAAUAAUGUGUCUACAACAACUACAAGUAGGUCUGAGGCCGAAUCCACUACUACUAGCAAUGGAUCACGAGUUGCCGAAGCGACCUCAUUGAAUGGUUACAGCGAGCUACCGUCCACGAGUCGUCGACCACCGGACUCCUCGUCGGAUUCUGAAGACAAUUUGCCAUUAAAUCUUACUUUACUAGGGCCGCAUUCGUCUUCGUUAUGAAGUACCCAGUAAAUGUCAUAUUGUGAUAGCCUAUUGAAACGAAAGCAUUAAAAUUUGUGUUACAUUUCCGCGUAAGUACUAAUUGUGAUCGAGUUGCAUCUCACUUUCUCUAAAGUACUGGAAAAAAUAAACCAAAGCCUUUGUGACUGCAAGUAUUUGUACAAUAACUUUGUAUGUGUCUUGAUAUUUACAUGAAAAUUUUAGCAUGUUGUUGUGGUUAUCCGAAAAAUAUAUAAGGAAAGUAAUAGGUUUGUUGCUAUUUCGUCACAUUUAGGUUGAUGCAAAUCCCUGAAGUGAAACACUUGGAAACUACAUGGUAAUACUUACACAAGAGCUGCUACAAGCACUUGGCUCCAUUUUUUCAUAAAAUGUGUAAGUACAACAUGACAACAGUUUUGUUGCAAUUUUUUGUGUAUCAGUUAUUUGUAUUUUAUUUUUACUUCAAAAUUUUAGUACCAGUUCUGCCAAAAAAUGAUCAUGUAAUAUAAACAUAAUUUCCCUACUUAUUUCAUUAUCUUAAUUUAAUUACGGGUAUUUAUGUACAUUAUGGACGAAUUCAUUUGAUGUAAGAAUUUUUGAUAAAUACAUAGUUAUGAACAAUUUACAAGUUGUGAAUAUUUAAUGCUGUGUAAAUAGUAAAAAUGAUUUUAAUACAACAUUUAUUUAAAUCUUAAAUGAAAUGUUAAGUUUUGCCAUUUGAGGAAUUAUCGCGAUAUUAUCGAUGGACCAGAAUGUAAAGCAGAUGAAAGUGUAUAAAUUGUAGCUUUGCCUUAAAAUUCAUUCAAAAAAUGAAAUCUGCUACUUAAGCAACGCCUUUAUUUACGAUGACAAUGUUGAGAAAUAUUAUUGUUACAAAUGGUCAUAAGGUUUACAGAGACACCGUAUUUUACUGAUGAAGCCAGAAAAUAAAGUGAUAUAUAAAUAA